AUGGCCUCCAAGGCCGUGCAUAUAGAGCUGGCUGAGAAUUUGACAACCAGGGCAUUUAUUGACGUAUACGACCGCUUUACAAGCCGACGAGGUAUUUGCGCCAUACUUUACAGCGAUAAUGGUACGCAAUUUGUUGGAGCCAAUAAACAGCUGCAGCUUGACUUGGCGGAAUGGUCGAACACGCAAGCGAAACAACAUGUAGCCGCUGUAGGUACGAAGUGGAGAUUCAUCGCUCCUGCAGCUCCGCAUCAUGGUGGACUCUGGGAGGCCGCUGUGAGAUCUGCGAAGAUACACCUGUACCGGACGAUUGGUCGUCAAACAUUGAGAUUUAUCGAACUAAGCACUCUACUAACUCGGAUAGAAGCGUGUUUUAAUUCCCGCCCACUGGUGGCUCUUCACGAUGAUCCCGAAGGUGGUCUCGCACUUACUCCUGGAGAGUUCCUCAUUGGACGACCGCUUGUUUCUCGCCCCGAGCCUGCAGUGCCUGAUGUUCCUGAGAAUAGUCUCAAGUAUUGGCAGCGGCUGCAGCGCAUGUAUGAACAUUUUUGGAAGCGAUGGCAGCAAAACUACCUUACUUCGCUUCAGGCACGUGGUAAAUGGGUACGUCCUCAUCCCAAUCUUCAACGCGGCGACGUAGUACUUAUCCUCAACGAGAAUCUUCCACCAGCUCACUGUCGUAUGGCACGAGUCAUCGAUGUACAUCCUGGCGACGAUGGCCUAGUGCGCGUCGUAACCGUCGAGUACAACAGCGAUAAGAGGACAGACGAAGGUCUCUAUGUAAAGCAUCGAUGUCAGCGACCGGUUCAAAAGCUUUGCCGGCUAACUGGUCCCAACGAAGAGAUCCUGAACCGUGACGGUUUAGCCGGGCAGGAUGUAUAA